AUGUCCACUCAAUCCCUUUUCUCUCAACUCCCCUAUCACGACGCAGGAGCAAUGGAGCUUGAUCCACCUGUUAGUCCUCUUAAUAACAACCCUGAUUUGCAAUCACUCGCUUCGGAACCGAAUGAUCAUUCGAUCGCGGAAAUGAUGAAUGAGUUUCAGCACUUUGCCUUGCCAAACGGUCAACAGACCAUGGCUAUGGCUACACCUGCUACCAACGAUUCGGGCAUCGCGUUGCCUAAUAGCCAACCAAUCCCAACCAUACCUAAUGGCCAAGAGCCUACGGUCCCUGUGUUGCAGGAUCAAUCGGCUGAGGUACCUACGCAGCCUGCUUCUCAGCCUGUCACGGCAAUGCCUAAUGGGGCGGCUGCUUCCAUCCAUGCUGACCCUUUGCAUUUAGCCAAGAUAGCUUACAAAGAUAUGAAAGACGAAGUUGCAGAAAAGGAAAAGGUUUAUUCACAGGCCAUCAUUUCUAAGCAUCACUCCAGACAUACCUUGAUGAAUGAGCUCAAGCAGUUGCAAGACAAUUUAGAAAUGUCGCGACUCAUGUGGAAAGCGCAACACCCGCAGCACGUGGAGUUCUAUUCUCAUGAAGAGAUUGAAGCACUCAAGAGACAACGCGCCUCGGCUCAAAGGGAAUCCCAACGUGCAUUGAUUGUACCCAAGAAUCUCCCUGCUCUUCAAUUACCAGGUACUGUAAAAUGGAAUCCACGUCUCAUUGUUCAUCCAACAGCUGCAGCUUUCAUCCGAGCCUUUGAGGCUGAAUUGGGUAGUUAUGGCUUGACCGCUGAAAAGGAUUGGGAGCGACUCAUUUUUUGUUGCUUGUCCGACACCCAGCAACUUUGGUUGAAGAAUCGACUAAAGGAAGUGAAAGGAAACGUUACUUGGGAUAAGGUUGCUAAUCUCAUUAUAGAGAAGUAUGAUACCAAUCUCCAACGAAUCCUCACCAUGCUUGACGUGUUGGCUAUGCAACAAGGCAACCAAGCCCUGGAUGAGUAUUGUGAUGAGUUUCAGCAACGUUGCCUCAACGCUGGCUUGUCAGCUCAAACACCUGCAGGUUUGUUACUUGUCAUCAUUUUUCUUUCUUCUCUAUCAGCAAAGCAUCAUGAAAAGGCCACCACCUUUAUUGUCAACCAAUUCAGCACGGGCAUGCCAUCCGAUUUGGAUAAGGUUCUCGAAAUGGUGCGCACUUUGAAGCUCUCGGAUUGUGGAAGCGGUAAGCGGAAGCAUGAAGAGUCAUCUGCAGCUGGUAGCAGCAACCCCAACAAGAAGCAUCAAGGCCACAAGCAGCAGCAGCAACAACAACAUCAUCAACGACAACACACCACCAAGGAAAGUGACAAGCCGACCAACCGUUGCGACUACUGCAAUCGUACAUGGCGCCAUGGCCAUAAGUGCUCUGAGUACUAUGCUGCCACUGGUAAGCCUGACCCACGCAAAAAGCAGUUUUUCAAUCGCUCCGCCAAGGUCAACAAAGACGCCGAUGACAAGAUGGACACCUUGCCUUGUAAGUCCAAAACAUUGUCUAAUCGAGAAAACAAGGAUGAAGUACUAACUCCCAUUACCAUAGAAAGCCACAACAUCAUGGCACUAGUGGAUGGAGGUGCAAACUUUUCCGCACUCGAUGUAGAUUUUGUUAAAAGAUUGUCAUUAAAGAUUUAUCCUGUACAAGGAACUAUUGGGUUAGCUUCUAAUGAGAUGAGUACACCACGUAUUGGUAUCACGGACCCCUUGAAUGUUGUUUAUAAUGGAAGGUCGUAUCAACAUCGCUUUGAAGUCAUGAACUUGGCUCGUAAACACCCUAUGAGUAUCGGCUGGGAUCUAAUGCAUAAAAUGGGUAUUGGCUAUGUUGGCUUGGCAACGUCUUGGACGAAGCCAAUGCAAUCAGAGGAUAAGGAAUUGGACGACUCACCAUUUGAGCCGAAUGCAUCACCUGCUGGAUCACCAGAGGAAAUGCAAGCUUUUAUGGAUGCCAUCCAACCUAUCUUAAAUGAAAAUGCCAACAUACGUCCUGGCACCUUUUGCAACAUCCCUGAAUCGAUCAUCACUUUAGAUACACCAAAGGAUGCAAAAUGUUAUCGUAGGCAAUACGAAUUCCCUCUCACUCGUCAACAACUUGUCGAGGAUACCGUAGCCGAUUGGUUAAAGGAAGGCAUCAUUACCGAAGUCCCUGCCAACAUCGACAACGGAUGGAACAGCCCUUUGACAUUUGCACCCAAAAAAGAUGCUAAAGGUAACAAAGUAGGCGUACGUUUAUGUCUCGAUCCUCGACACAUAAACAAGUACUUGCCUGAUGACCGGCAUCCUAUUCCUCUCGUACGCACUGUCUUUGAUCAGUUAGCGGGUUCUUCGGUCUUCAGCACACUUGACUUGAAAAGCGCUUUCCAUAGAUUCCAAAUUCACGAAAAGGAUAGGCAUAAGACUACUUUUACAUCAGCAUCAGGCAAGCAGUAUAUGUUUGUCGGCUGUCCUUUUGGUCUCAAACCCAUCUCAGCCAAAUUCCAACGUGUAAUGCAGAUCUUAUUUACAGGAUUGCCUUUUGUAACUACAUUUGUCGAUGACAUCGUGGUUUCCUCCAAAUCCAUGCAAGAGCAUACCGAACAUGUUCGCAUAGCACUAGAAAGGCUCACCAAAGCCAACCUUUUGCUUAACCCGGAUAAGUGUCACUUUGCUCAAAAAGCAGUAUACCUUUUGGGAUUCCGCGUGUCAGCUGCAGGUCGUGCCCUGGAUUCUCGCAAGGUAACUAAUGUCCUUGAAUGGCCCUCUCCUCGUACUGGCAAGGAUAUCCAAAGGUUUUUGGGCAUCGUCAACUACUUUAGGGACCACAUUCCCAAUGUAUCACGUUUGACAGCUCGCCUUGAUGCCUUACGCCAUGCUGGGGACUUGAAAGGCUUAUGGACAAAAGCCCACGAGAAUGCCUUUGCUAACAUCAAAUAUUCUGUAUCACAUGCACCGAUGUUGAAGCAUGUUAACUUGAAACUCCCUUUUCAUCUUGCUACUGAUGCCUCUAAUGAUGGCAUUGGCGCCGUCCUUUAUCAAAAGGAAAAUGGCCGCAAUACCAUUGUGGGAUUCAUGGCUCGUGCUUUAACUAAAUCGGAACGCAACUACUCGGUUACGAAACGGGAAUUGCUAGCUAUUGUCUUUGCUUUCAACAAAUUCCACAAGUUUCUUUGGGGCAACCCUUUUACCCUUUACACCGAUCACAAACCCUCGUCUACCUCCAUACCCAGAAAGAUGCCAAUCCCAUGA